AUGAAAUCAAAGGAAAAUAAAAUCUCCAAAGAAAAUGGUGAAGAAAUUAGUGAUGGGGAAAUUGUUGAAGAUGAAAAAUUAGUUGAAGUGGGAAAAAGUCAAGAUUCAACCACAGAUACCACCAAAAAUCAAGAAAAAUUAAAAGAUCAAAAAAAUCAAGAUUUAACAUGUACAGAAAAUAAAGAAUUAUCAACCUCCAUAACUUCAAAAUCAACAACAACAAUAAUAAUAAAUGGUAAAGAAGUGGAAUCAAUAGUUGAGCCAACACAAUAUUAUUAUAUGGAUCCAAAUAAUGAAGUGGGUGGCAUUGUAGUUGCCAAUGUUGGUAGUGGUGAAGUUAUUGAUUAUCAUGUUGUAGAUAAUGAACCAAUGAUUGUAACUGGUAAUGGAACAACGGUUGCCAAUGUUGUAUUGAGAAGUAGUGGUAAUGGUAUUGUAACUUAUAAUAGACCUGAAAGUAUAGCGUAUCCAUCAAUUGUUGGUGAUAGAUUAUAUAUGCCUUUGGCAUUUUCAGAGAAUAAUAAAAAGGAGGAUUUGGAUUUUGAGGAAUCAUUAAGAGAUUAUAAAAAAUUCAAAGAAAAGAAAAGAAGUAGAGGUUAUAGUGAUGAUAGUUCAAGAUCGAGAUCAAGAUCAAGAAGAAGAAGAGGUUAUAGCUCAAGUCGUUCAAGAUCAAGAGAUAGAUAUGGUAAUAGAUAUAGCAGCAGAAGAAGAAGAAGAAGUAGAAGUAGAAAUCACAGAAGAAGAGGAUCAUCUUCAUCAUCAUCAUCUCCAUCACCAUCGUCAUCAUCUCGUUCAAGAAGUCGCUCAAAUUCUUCAAGAAGUAGAAGUCAUAGUAGAAGUCAUCGUUCGUCUUAUAAAAGUAGUAGUAGUAGUAAAAAAUAUAGUAGCAGUAGCAGAUAUAGUAGUAGUAGAAGUAGUAGAUCAAAAAGAUAUUCAAGAAGGAGUUACAGUUCAAGUAGAAGUAGAAGUAGAAGUAGAAGUAGAAGUAGAAGUAGAAGUAAAAGUAGAAGUAAAAGUAGAAAUGAUUCAUCAAGUGACGAUUAUAGUAGAUCAAGAUCAAGAGAUAGAUAUAGUGGAAGAUAUUCAAGAUCGAAAAGAUCAAGAAGUUCAAGUUAUUCAGAUUCCUCUCGUAGUAGAUCAAGAUCAAGUAGAAGAAGUUCCUAUAGAAAAAGAUCAUCUUCAAGAUCAUCUUCAAGAUCAAGAUAUUCAAAGAGUAGUAAAUCUUCAAAAAGAGACAGAUCAAGUGAUAGAGAUAAAAAGAAAUAUUCUUCUACCUCUUCCUCUUCUUCAACUAAACAAAAUAGUGGAAACAGUAACAAUAGUACACCAGGUAUGACUUCUCCAAAACAACCACUUUCAAAUGGUUCACCUUCAUUAAAUCAAAAUCAACUACAACAACCAUCACCAAUUUCAACCAAUUCUAAAAAUAAUUUAUUAUCACCAUCUUCAAAUAAUAAUAUUAUUAAUAAUAAUGGUGUUAAUAAUAAUAAUAACAAUAAUAAUAAUAAUAAUAAUGUAAAUAACCAACAACAACAACAACAACAACAACAACAACAACAACAACAACAACAACAACAACAACAGCAACCACCAAAAUCCAAAUUUAGUGAAUUAGUUGGAUUAAGUCAAAAUGUAGAAAUGAAAAUUAAAAGUUUACUAACAAAAGAUGGAUCAUGGAUUAAUCCAAAUUUUGAAUCAAAAUCAAGUAAUGGCUCACCAAAAAUGUAUUUAAUAGUUGAUAUUGAUCAUACAUUAUUACAUUCAACCAAAGAUCCAAAUGCUGAAAGUUAUUACUUAAAAGAUAAUUCAAUUAACAAAUUUACAAUCACUGAAACAAAUGAAACAUUUUAUGUUAAACAAAGACCAAAUGCAAUAGAAUUCCUUUCAUCCCUUUCUUCUCAAUUUAAAAUUUAUUUAUAUUCUUUUCAUCCAAAAUAUUAUGUUGAACAAUUAGCAUUAAUUUUAGAUCCAAAUAGAUCAAUUUUUACAAAAGUAAUAACAAAAGAAGUUAUAGAACCAGUUGAACCAUUACCACCAAUAAAUUCAAUUGGUAAACCAUAUAUUGUAUUUAAUAAUCAAAAUUUUAGUAAAAUAUUUAAUUUCGAAGCAAUUAAUCAAAUGAUAAUAUUGGAUGAUAGAGAGGAUGUUUGGAGAAAUUUUCAAGAUAAUUUAAUAUUACUUGAUACUUUUAAAUUCUUUAAUACAAAUAGUAGUAAUACUAGUGGUAGAAAUUAUGGAAAUAAUGAAAUUCAAGAUUUUACACCAAUUUAUCAAUAUCCAUUCUCAUUUCAAGAAUUAUCAAAAGCUUAUCCAUUUCCAAAUAUUUCAGAACCUAUAAAUAAUAAUAAUUUUAAUAAUAAUCAAUUAAUAUUAUCAAAUGUACAGCAACAAUCACCAUCAUCAUCAUCAUCAUCAUCAUCAUUAUCAUUAUCAUCAUCAUCGUCUUUUUUAUCACCAUCUUCAUCAAACAACACCAACACCAACACCAACACCAACACCAAUAUCACAACAAAUAUUUUUACAAAUACACCAUACUUGGAUAUGUUUUCAGGAUUGUUACCGGCAAUUCAAGGAGAAUUCUUAUCUAGAGGUGAUAUUAAUACAAUUCAUGUUAAAUCGAUUAUUGAUGAAAUUAGAAGUUCAGUUUUGAUGGAUUGUAAUAUUGUAUUUAGUGGUAUAUUUCCAAAACAAAUUGAUCCAUCAAAAUUGUGCCAUACAAGAGUUUCAAAAAUUACUGAAUCUUUUGGUGCUAAAAUCUCUUUGGAAAUUGAUUCAACAACUACUCAUUUAAUUUUCAUUAAAGAAGGAACUUCAAAAGCACAACAAGCUUUAAAAAAUCCAAAUAUUAAAGUUGUUCAUUUCGCUUGGUUAAGAGAUUGUGUACACAGGUGGGAAAAAAUGGAUGAACAAAAUUAUACUGUUAAUUCUUAUCAAAAUAUAUUAAAAACAUUUAAUUGA